CACUACAUACCGGACAAUUAAAAUUUCAAUCCCCAAAAAGAACCCUAAAAACAACUAAUCUCCGGAACCAUGACCGUGGACUCCUCCAUCCCGUCGAACCUCGAUGACUACUCCGCAACCUCCACAAUCGUCCUCUUCGACCGCCCAAUCCCCCUCCUUAGGGGUCCCGUAUCCGCCGGUCGACCCGACGACCCAUCGCUCGGCCCGUACGUUCUCGCCUUCAGAAACCCCCAAUCCUGGGCCGCCGCCUACGCCGCCACCGAGUCAAAGAUCGUCGAGCAGUGCGAGGGCGGGGCUCGGGUCGGUUGCGCCUUGACGGCGUCGAACAAUUGCAAGCCCCCUUGGUGGCGCAAUCUGGUCGGCGGCGGACCCAGCGCUGCGGACCUGAAGGAGAGGGAGGAGUGCGAGCAGCGGGAGAUGGGAGAGUGCCUGGCGGCGGCGAAGGAGAAGUGCGCCGGUUUCGCGAGGGAGAAGUGCCGGAUUCCGUUUAGAGAGGCGAGGAUCGCGGUUGGGCUGCCGGAGAAGGCGAGGGCGGAGAUGGGGAAGAAGUUGGUUGGAAUUGGGUCGGCGCCGGAGAGGAGGUGGCGACGGAGCGAGUGGGUCGGGAUGGUUCGGAUGGAACUGGAAGAGUGUGGAUUGUGCGCCGCAGGGAGCUGUAAGGCUAGCGAACUGCUGGGUUCUGAUCCCAAUUAUCGGUGGUUCUUUGAGCAAUCCUAAUGGAAAGUAGCCGGGGUACUGAAGUGGAGUCUGAUCGCUUUCACCUCCACCAUUAGAGCUUUUGAGUUUUGACCUUCAAACAGAUGCCUAAUUAAGAGCAAGAAUUUCUAAUGAUUGUCAUGUAUCUUAAAAGUUCUCUAGGUUGAUGGAUGAUUCAAUCAUCAACUUGUUCAAAGUGUGUGCCUGGGUAAAUGAAAGAAUUGAUCAGAGUUGUAACUGUGUAAUCUUGUCGUGGUUAAGGCAUUUUCAGUAGAAGCCCGUGUUCUUUUCCAACGGAAUUCGUCGUUUCAUAGGGUUAAUUGCAUGUUAACCAUUUAAUGUAAUUUCGUUGCACCUAACGUAAUUUCGUUGCAACUAAAGCCUGUGAGUCGUAUUAUAGACGUAACGGCAGGUACCCAAGUGGUAAUUUGUCAUGCCACACAGGCGUACAUGUCUGGCAAAUCUGCUGAGUCAUUCCACAGCAAAAGAGGGGCCAAAAAGACCAUCCUGAAAACAAAACGAGCAAUCUCCGAUCUCUACCACUCCACCGCCGUUGUCGCGACGAUAAUCGGUAACGUCCAGACUUCGAGAGAGGUAGAGAAAGAAGAGUCCAACUUGGAAGCACCAAUCGAAUGCUUCCUCGGUUCCCAACAACGACUUCAUUGCUUUCGCUUAUAAGUUAUCACUCACCUCCACCACCAUUGUUGCAUCCGCCCGCCGCGACAACUUUCUUGUCGAGCUACGGCCUCCCUGUUUCUCUUCUCGAUGAGUUCUUUCAGGAAUUCCUCUGCCAGUUUCACUUCUGCUCUUUUAUUUUGCUAUUAAUUCGAUUGGAAAUUACUAUAAAUGAUCGACUUCAUGACCAAUUGAGCAUUUGACUAGCAUGAGUAUUGCUUGUAUUUGGUCCUAAGAUAACAAUAAACAUUAUAAAUGGAAUUGCAGCAGGUGUUUAACUAUCAAUACGUUGAAAAUUGCAGCAGGUGUUGAACUACUAAUAUGCUGAAACUUGCAGCAAAUUAUAGCAGAUGACGAAAAUUGCAGCAGUUUGAUGAAAGGUAACUCACCAUAUGUUGAAAUCCGAUCACUGUCUCCUACUUCCCUGAUGGUUGGGCUCAUGUUUGUAAUUCGAACAAAAGUGAUAUAACCAGCCUGGUAUAACAACUCUUUGGAAUUUAAAACCUUGGACAAGCUUGCUAUGGAACCCAACAGUAAUAAACACAUAAUUUUUUUGAAGAACAGAGCAUCACUUCAUCUUCUAAAGAAUCCAUAAUUGACUCGCAUACUUCAAUCCAUAAACAACCUAUCUUCGUCAGUCUCUUGUUUCAAAUCCCUAGAAACAUCACGAAAAGCAAACAAAAUUAUAGAAUCAGAGGAAGAAUGAAAAAAUUGAAGUUGCAGGGGCCGGAUUCAAUUACCAUAAGCAAAGGAAGGUGUGACGAUAUUGUUCAACUUUCUUCUCACAAUCUUCUUGUUGAACCGCCUCCCUUUACUCCUCACGAUCGGCUUUGCUAAUUCGGUUUUCUCUAGAGAGGAAUGGUUUUCUUCUUUAGUGUCGAAAAUUUUGCAGAGAAGAAAGAGCAGGAAUGCGAGGAGUCACUCAUCACUUGCUCAAAUAUUUCGUUCAAUGUAGGUGGGCCUAGGGUUUGAUGAGGCCCGCACAUGACUCAAUAGAUUUGUUGACAUGUACUGCUUGCGUGGCAUAGUAAAUAACCACUUCGGUACCUGUCGUUACGUCUAAUGACAGAAGUGGUGAUGGUGCACCCAUAAUACGACUUACAAGCUUUAGUUGCAACGAAAUUACGUUAAGUGGUUAACAUGCAACAAUUUUAAGAGUUAAGUGGCAUCUGGUGCAAUUAACCAUCUUUUCAUAUAUCACGAAGAUUUUUCAAGAAUUCUAAUGGUUAAUCGAAUUAUUCAAUAAAUAAGACAUAAAUGA